AAAAAUGCCGAACACUGCCGACCAAGUGGAUCCACUUCUCGCCUCACUCUCGCAUUUCGUAGAUCACACGGAUUUGCUCGCCGAGCACACGAUGAAUGCUGUCGAGUGGGAAGCUGUCGAGGUGCUGAUGCCACGAAUUCUACGGGGAAAAUCGAAGGAAGACGUAAAGCAGCUGCUGUUAGCAGAGAUUGACGGAAUGUCUAAAAAGAGGUUGGAUGCAGUGUUGGCUGGAGAGACACUGGAAGAAUCGUCGAGCUCUGAGGAUGAGGAGGAGCAAGUGAUUGGCUCCGCUGGAGAAUCGGAAAAAUCUGAAAGCCCAGAGAUCCCUGAGCCUGAAGCCAAAAUGGAGGAGCAGGCUGUAGAAGCUGCAGAAGCUUCUGAAGCUUCAGAUGAUGGAAGAGAGGACGGUGAAAUUAGAGAUGAUCAGGGAAACACGACGUCAACACCGCCUGAUCCAGGAUCCCCAAAGUCACCAGAAAAGGGAGAAGCCGAGCAACUGGACACUGAUGAGGAGAUUGAUCGGCUGCUGGAAGAGGAUCUUGAAGAUUUUCUCUAAAUUUUUUUUCUGUAUUAUCCUGUAACAUUUACAUCUCUUCUGACGAAUACACAAUUUCUUAU